AUGAACUUCGGCGAUGUCAGAAGCGAACAAUUACCAUGUCCGCCGCGCUUACGGGAGCGACGCUUCUCGGUGCCGCAGCGUGAAAGCGUCCAGAUGCGUUGUGGCGCGCUGUGGCGGAGCCGCAAAGGCAAGGAAACCUCGCGCAACCGAGCGGAGUCCUCUAACGGCUGCUUCUGCCCCGCCUUCAAUGUACAUUGUUGA